AUGGAGGGGUCCCUGGGCUGCAUCAUCUGGGGCCCUUUUCUCCUCACCAACCUUGCCCUAUCCGCAUCCGUUGUUCGAAGCCGCUGGCUGGGGGCCCUUGGAGCUUGGAGCUUGGAGGAGAAGGGGGAGGAGGAGGAGGAGGAGGAGGAGGGCUGCAACUGGUGGGCUGCGGUGCGGUGCGGUGCCGUCACAGACCAGUCCUGGACGUCGUCCCCGCCGCCGCCGCCGCCGCCGUCGCCUUUCGUCCUUCAACAACCCAACGAGCUGUCAUAA